AUGAGCUCGAGCCUAAUGGCUGGCGCGGGAGGUGCACGUGUCAACAAUUUAUUGGCCAUGGACGACGCGAGUCUAGCUGCAGCAGUAGCUUCGGGGAAGAUUCCACUCAGGAGCAGCGGGAAUCCCGUUGCGAGCACCAAUGCUGCUGGCACUGCGGCGGCGGCGGCGGCGGCUACAGCCGCUACAGCCGCGAUGCGGAGCGCGCUUGCUAGCAGCGCUACUGCGCGUCGUAGCGGGCUCGGGGGAGGGGUAGGGGGAGCUCUGUCGGGCGCGCGGGGAGGAAUGGGCGCAGCCGCGCAGCUGAACGGGGACGGGGGAAGGUUUGAUGUCGGAGGGGCGCAACAGCAGGCGGAGUUUCUCCUGGCUGCGGGGACGGCGGCGAAGCAGGCGGAUUUCCGCAUGGGCGGGGGGGCGGCGCAGCAGCAGCAGCAGCAGGCGGAGUUUCUCAUGGGCGGAAGGGCGGCGGCGCAGCAGCAGGGAGAUUUCCAAAUGGGCGGCGGGGCAGCGGCGCAGCAGCAGGCGGACUUCCUUCUGCUCCAGGAGCUUGCGGGGCAGCAGGCGGCAAUGCUGGGGGGAGCGCAACUGGCGGGGGGAUUUCCAGGAGGUACGCGAGUGUUGAUUGCUGAUAUCGCAACGAGUGAUUUGUAG